GCCUGGGAGUCAUUGUUUACACCAGCUGGGCGGUGACGGGGACACACACUGGUGAGACACCCUCCCAACCAUACGCUCCAGCAAACCCUCACACAAACUAACCGUGUAAUAAAAAAAAAAAAAAAGAGUACUGACAGUGUGGUGAUACACACUGGGUAGACCCCACACUGCUGAGACUCACAGUGGUGCGCUACACCUCUAAGACUCUUCACCACUGAGGCAACACAAGGCUUGUGGAGAGCGAGAUGGAGUUGGAGGAUUCAUUUUACCCAAAAGCUCAGUACAUAGAAACUGCUACAGGAAACCGUGUCAGUCGUGGGAGUGUGUUAUGCGGUUCACAAAACAUUGUCUUAAGUGGAAAAGUAAUUGUGCUUAGCGGUGUCAUCAUUAGAGGGGAUUUAGCAAAUGUCAGAGUUGGCCGUCACUGUGUUAUAUCGUCCAAAGCCGUCAUUAGACCACCAUUUAAAAAGUUCAGCAAGGGUGUGGCAUUCUUUCCACUUCAUAUUGGUGAUCAUGUGUUUAUUGGUGAAGGAUCAAUCGUCAAUGCUGCCGUUGUGGGUUCCUAUGUUUACAUUGGAAAAAACUGUGUAAUUGGACGUAGAUGCGUGCUAAAAGACUGCUGCAUGAUUGCUGACAACACUGUCCUUCCUCCAGAAACAGUCGUUCCUCCCUUUGCUAUAUACUCUGGGUCACCUGCAAAGCACACUGGAGAUUUGCCUGAAGCCACACAAGAUCUUAUGACUGAUUACACUAAAUCUUGUUACCACCAUUUCAUAAGAGUCAAGGAUAUGCCCCCACAGGCCAGAGAGGGAACCACAAAGCUUAUUGAUAUUUAAAUAAUGUGGUGUAGCUUUGUGCCUUAGGUUACAAGUCUGGCAUAUUUAUUACAAGGGAAUUGUAGAUGUGUGAUAGGUUUGGUAAAUAACUCUUUAAGUUGCAUUUAUAGUCUUGUUUUGUGCUUGGCUUAUAAUGGUUCAACAUUUUCAUAUGUGGUAAUGGAUGACAGUUGUGGAACAAAUGCAUGUAGUUAAUAUCAGCUUUACACUUGGGUGCUUCUUUAUUAAUAUUCUUGCAUUCCGAUGAUAAAAUGUCAUCCUUAUUCAGACGGUAAAUAUUCAGAUGACGCUAAAUAGCAUUAGCCAAUUGCUAAAUUUACGGUUUCCAUUUCCUGAGCUAUCCUGUUUGCAUCAACUAUUCCAAAAACUUGUGAAAAUUGCCAUUAUUUUGUGGACAUUUAUGCAUCUAGGGCAUGAGAGAACCAACCAGAGAGCUUCCUGCUCACCUAUGAGGCCUCACUUGAGACAUGAGCUUUUGUAUUUGCAAACAUUUUGACACUAAAUUUGUAGUUAAGUUUUCCAAGUUAUUUGUUGGAAUAUAAGAUGAUUGUAAACUUUUUUUUACUUUACUGGCAGAAUAAUUGUAUAUAUUUUUUAAUUUGCAGAUUGCUUGAAAGAAGUCAUAAAGUAUGUUCAACUGCACAUAAUUCUGUUAUUUAUUAUCCAUCCUAAAUAUAAAGUAGAGGAAUGAUAAAAUGCUCAUGAACAUUUGUAUAUUCAUCACUGUCAUGUAUAACCUAUUAUAAAUACACUUGUUUUUGCAUCUAUUCACUGGAGAAAUUAUUUGUGAACAUUUUGACUCAAUGUGUAGUUAUAAUCUAACAAAUAACUUAGAAAAUGAAAGAUGACCGUAUACAUUUUGAGCAUCAGAGUGGUGCCCUGGGGAGCUCGGAACAUUUAUGGUCAGAGGGGCUGAACCGCUAGAGUGUUAAGUGACACCAGUGAUAUCAUAAGAAUUGUUGGUAAAUAAACAAUUGUAAUCUUAAA